ACUAGUAGCCACCAAACUCAACUAAUUAUAUUACAUCAUAUGUAUUUGUUCAUCUUUGUUGGUUUUUCAAAAUGAGUUCAAUAAGCAAAUCUCCUUCGGAUAACAACAUGAUAAAUUUUGAGUCCUCAGAAGAGAGUAGUUGGACUAAAUACUUUGAGGAUUUCUUUAACAAUGAUCAUAACAAUAUUGAUGGUGAUGAAAAACAAUUAAGUGAUCACAGUGCACAAGGUGGCAUGAAGUAUGUUAAAAGCUUGAGUUUGAAGAAGAGGAAGAAAAUCAAAACUAGUUUGGUUGAUCAUGAUUUGGAAGAUACUGCAAGUUCUCCUAUCAAUAGCCCCAAGGCUUUAUAUAUGAAUCAGAUAUUCAAGGCAAAAGAGAAGGAAGAAAUAGACCAAUUUUAUGAGGAGAAAAGAAAUAACCAAGGGGAAAAAGAUGAGAGGAAAGAAGUUGAAUUUAAUGAAAGGGAUACUAAUAAUAACCAUUCAGAACUGAAUAAAAAAGGCUUAUGUUUAGUUCCUAUGUCUAUGGGAAUCGAACCCUGGUCAGUACCGUGGGAGGGUGCUAUGAUACCACUACACCAGAUGCGCUUGUUGGAAAGCUGCGAUAUUUUGUUAUAAAUCUAUUAAGCAUCUAAUAAAAGUGAACAAUGACUUGGGCGUGUUAUAUAAAUCUAUUAUAAUAAUGUUUUGUUUAUUGAUAAAGAAAAGCAUGAUAAAACUUGCAAUUUCGAUUACUGGAUCCAUUCUUAACUAUAAAAUUCAACUUUUUAUUUUAAUAUAUGGUGCUUUUAAAAAAGUAUGUAUUAAUAUUUUAUUUAGAGAUGGAAAACAUAAAUUUAUUUAUCUCUUAAAUAUCGCUAGUUGUAUAUGGACUAAUUAUAAAAUGUAAUGCAUUUUAUACAAAUUUAUUAGUAUUAUUAUUACUUUUUAAUAUUUGUAAAUUUUGUAAGUGAAUCUUAUAAUAAGAGAAGAAAUGAAUAUAUUGGAUGAUGAAUGUUUAACCGAAAAAUGUAAACUCAAUGUUGUAAAUAGAGGUGUGAAAACUAGAUUCAUUAUGUGAAUGCACCAUGGGCCGGAUUUUACAUGGUUGAACUU